AUGGGAAAUUGUGUUGACGACUACAAAACCAAGGUUGAAGUUAUUCCUGAACAAGAGAUAGCUCAUAAUGAUUUUAAGCUAGAAAUAAAAUCAUUAGAGCAAUACAGUUAUCAAGGAGAAUCACAGACAGAACUACUUAAUUCAAUUAUUUCAAGCCAAUUACUGAUGAGUCAAGUAAUUUUUAUACAGAGGGUUGAUCAGUUUCGGAACCAAUAUAGACAAUACUGUCGAAAAAGAAAAACUUUAGAAGCUAAAAGAUCUGAAGAAGACCUUUCUGGGUCAAGCACCUUACUUAAAGUAAAAUCUCUUCAAUUUUAA